AUGGCAACCUCCAUAAGAAGAGGGGCUCUCUCCCUCAUACAUGCCUCACCGCCUGCCCGCCAGGUUCGUGUGCGCACCUCAACAGCUUCGUUUACCUCACUUGCCUCCCAGUGUCAAGCCUCAUCUUCUCAUAUCAUUCCAAGACGGGCUCAACUGAGCUUCAACACCAUCACCACCACCACCAACACAGGCUCUCGCCCAUAUAGCAGCAACAACGCCCAGGUCAGCACCGACGACAUGGCAGACAAGCCUGAGCCCUCCGGACCUAUCGCCAAGGAUGGCAUCGAGCUCUUUACGUUCGGGACACCCAAUGGCUACAAGGCCAGCAUUAUCCUAGAGGAGCUUAAGGAGGCCUAUGGAGACAAGGCUCCCAAGUUUGUAUGGCAGGCCAUCAACAUCAUGAAGAACACCCAGAAGCAGGAUUGGUACGUCCGGAUCUGCCCAAACGGUAGAAUUCCUGCCAUCGUCGACCACGACCGCGGCGACUUUGCCGUCUUCGAGGGCCUGCCCAUCCUCACCUACCUGACCAAGCACUACGACCCGGACAACAAGCUCAGCUUCGCCUACGACUCGGACGACUACUCGGUCGCCGAGCAGUGGAUGGCCUGGCAGCACGGCGGCGUCGGGCCCAUCCAGGGCCAGGCGAACCACUUCGCGCGCUUCGCCAAGGAAAAGAUCCCCUACGCCAUCCAGCGCUUCGUCGGCGAGUCGGAGCGCCUGUACGGCAUCCUGGACGCCCGCCUCAAGGACCGCGACUUUGUCGCCGGCGCCGGCAGGGGCAGGUUCUCCAUCGCCGACAUCUCGCUGCUGGGCUGGGCCAACGGCGCCGUGCUCGGCGGGCUCGACCUCGAGGGCCAGUUCCCCAACGUCGCCGCCUGGUUCGACCGCUGCAACGAGCGGCCCGGCGUCAAGAGGGGCUUUGCCAUCCCCCAGGAGUCGCCCUUUGGCAACAAGGCCUUCCUGCAGAAGAUCAAGGACGACCCCGAGACCAGGCAGAAGGCGGAGGAGACAAAGAAGCUCAUCGAUGACGCCAAGGCCCAGUAUGGCUACAAGUAUGCGUCGCCUUGA